CAGAAGAUAGAUUGAGAGGGAGAGAGGGAUAUCGAUUAAGAAGUCAUAUUGAAAGACAGAGAUCAACAAUAGAGAGUUGCGGGAGAGAUCCGAUUGAAAUAUGGGUUGUUGUUCAUCCGUAUUCCAUAUCCAAGCGAUACAAAUGGGUAAAAUUGGCGAUCUCAGGGCUUCGAUUCCGAACUCUUAAGUCGAUUUCCAAAAUUGUGUGGUGUAAUCUUGAUGAAACGAUGUGAAUGACUCAUUUUCUAUAAGAUUCAACCCCUGAAAUGCAGAUACACUUACAUGGGAUCACAAUGGCGUUAAAUUCAAGCUUUUUUGCUGUUUUGAAGCAUUUGAAUGAAGCAAAUCGAAUUAUUGCUGUUACGAUUGAUAGAAAUUAAUCAUUGAGUUGUUUUAUGGACCAAGAUUUUAAGGAAAUUAUGAAUUAGAAGGGAGAGUCUUCGUUUUAUUUCAUAGAAGCACGAAAGAAACCCAUAAAAGCUGUGACAUUUUUCCUGAAAUCACUUUCUUUUAUUCUGUGUUUUGACUGUUUUCAACCAUUGGGUUUUUUAAGGAUGGAGGUGGUUGAAGAAGGCGAAAGGUAAGGGACUAUGGUGAAGGUGGUGGUGGAAGGUUGACGGUGGUGGUGACUGGAGGUAGAUUAUAUUGGAGGUGGUGGUGGAAGAAGAUCAAUUAUGCAUUUCUGGCAGUCAUUGAUGACAAGGCUAAGGGGAUUUAUGUUACAAGCAUUCCAAAAAAGUGCACCCCCUUAUAAAAUGGCUUGCAACCCAUCGCAACAACCGAUAAAGUUUAAUGUUGAUGAUCUUCAUAGGGCUAUGGACUUGAAGGAUAACAUCCGUAACAUGUCUGUUGUUGGACAACUUGGACAUGGAAAAUCCACUUUGAUUGAUUCUCUUGCGACUGCUGCGGGCAUCAUCCCAUGUGAUGACGAUAUCCACAUGACCUACACCCGUGAGGACGAGGCACAACGUGGUAUGACCAUAAAGUCAUCCGGGAUUUCCCUCUACUAUAAAAUGACCGAUGUAGCCCUUGAAGCCUUCAAAGGAGAACGUAAUGGAAAUGAGUACCUCAUCAAUCUCAUUGACUCACCCGGGCACGUUGACUUUUCAUCCGAACUCACCGCUGCCCUCCGUAUCACCGACGGCGCUCUUGUCGUUGUCGACUGUAUCGAUGGCGUUUGCAUCCAAACAAGAAACGCGCUUCGCCUCGCACUCGGUGAGAGAAUCCCACCUGUAUUGGCCCUCAACAAAAUGGAUCGUUGUUUCCUUGAACUCCAAGUUGGUGGUGAAGAAGCCUAUCAAACUUUCCUAAAUGUCAUUGAAGAGUUUAAUGAGUACAUGAAGCCCUUUGAGGACAAGGUUUUAGGUGAUGUCAAGGUGUGCCCAACGAAAGGUAAUGUCGUGUUUUCAUCUGGGCUCUACGGAUGGGGAUUUACAUUGUCAAAUAUCGCGAAAAUAUACACGUCUAUAUCCGGUGUCGAUGAGUCGACGUGGAUGAGAAAACUUUGGGGUGAGAACUAUUAUGACUCGAAAACCAAAGCGUGGACCACAAAGAGUACAGGAUCUGCAACUUGCACACGUGGGUUUGUUAAGUUCUGUUAUGAACCCAUUAAGAAGGUAAUUGAGGCAAUUAUGAAUGACCAGAAGGAUCAAUUACGUGGUAUGUUGACUCAAAUCGGUGUCACGAUGAAUAAUGAAGAGGAUGAGUUGAUGGGUGAGGCAUUGAUGAAAUGCAUCAUGCAGAAAUGGCUUCCGAUUGCAACUCCUUUACUUGAAAUGAUGAUAUUUCAUUUGCCUUCACCCCAGACUGCUCAAAGAUACCGGGUUGAAAAUCUAUAUAAAGGCCCUUUGGAUGAUCCGUAUGCUACUGCUAUAAGAAAUUGUGAUCCCGAUGGCCCUCUCAUGCUCUAUGUAUCGAAAAUGAUUCCUACAUCCGAUGACAAGAGUCGGUUUUUUGCUUUAGGUCGGGUUUUCGCAGGUCGGAUUUCAGCUGGUUUGAAUGUCAGGAUCAUGGGUUCUAGGCCUUCUGGCUAUGUCGACGGUGAAGACAAGGAUAUGUAUGUUGAAAGUGUUGAAAGAACCGCUAUUUGUAUGGGGAAAAAACAAGAAACCAUUAAAGAUGUUCCAUGUGGAAAUACAGUCGCGUUGUUUGGUUUGGAUGAAUUCAUCACCACCGGAAGUGCAACACUAACACAUGAGAAAGAAACCGAGGCGUACCCGAUUUGCGGCAUGAAGUUCUCGGUGUCCCCGGUUGUCCGUGUUAUAGUACAGUGUAAGGUUGAAUCCGAACUCCCAAAACUUCUUAAGGGUUUAAGGAGUCUGGCCAAAUCCGACCCUUUGGUUGGGUACACGCAUGAAGAAUCUGGCGAUUAUACUAUUGGUGUUGUGGGGGAAAUGAAUUUGGCAAUAUGUUCGAAGGAUUUGGCGGAAGAUUAUAUGGAUGGGGGGGAAAUCCUUGUGUCCAAGCCCUAUGUGUUGUUAUAUGAAACUGUUGUUGAGAAAUCCUCACAUCUGGUUAUGACUAAGUCUCGAAAUGGAAAUAACCAAUUGUUCAUGAAAGCAAGAUCACUUGAUGAUAGUUUAGGUUACGCGAUAGAAAUUGGGGAAGUUGGUCCGUUUGACGACCCAGACGUUCGUGGAAGGAUUCUCUCUGAAGAAUACGGUUUGGAAAAAUAUCUCGGAAAGAAUAUCUGGUGUUUCGGUCCUGAAACAAAUGGGCAAAACAUGGUUGUCGAUAUGUGUAAGGAAGAUAAGUCCUUGAAAGAAAUUGAAGAUUAUAUUGUUGCUGGUUUUCAGGAGGCAUCUAAAAAAGGUGCUUUAGCUAAUGAGCCAAUGAAGUGUAUAUCUUUUGAGGUGCGUGAUGCGGUACUUCAUGAUGAUGCGUCCCACCUUGAUGGAAGCGAGAUGGUCGAGGCUGCCAAGCGUGCGAUAUACGCGUCUCAACUGACUGCGCAACCGCGGUUUAUGCAACCGUAUUACGUGGUUGAGUUUCAAGCAUCAUCUGAAGAAGAGGUUGACAAGAGCUGCAAAUUGGUGAGAAAAAGGGGUGGAUUUGUGCAUGAAAAGAAAAAAGUUAAUAGGCCGGGGAAAAUGGUGUAUGACAUAUGGGCAUAUGUUCCUGUGCUAAAGUCCUUUGGAUUUUCAGCUGAUUUGGAGGAGGCUACUUCGGUGAAGCUUAUCCCACAAUGUGUGUUCGAAUUUUGGUCUGUGAUGCGUUCGGACCCGUUGGAGGUUGGUUCAUAUGCGCAUGCGCUUAUGACCCAAAUUCGCAAGAGGAAAGGACUAAACGAGCAGAUGACACCGUUGUCUGACUUUGAGGACAAGUUGUAA